AAAUAUGGCGACAGCCGUGUCCGCAACAGUUUUGUGCGCAAAACCAAAUGUUACGUUUAAUGCUUCUUUUGUGAACACUCAAUCAGACUUUGAAUAUGAUAAGGCAAUAAUUACGACAGGAAAUAAUUGUGUUGGUAUUUUUAAGGUAGAUGAUCAAAAACUGCUCAAAACCUGGUCAACAAAACACACAUUGAACUUCACGUGUCCUGUUGUGCCAGAUUUCCUGAGAGAACAAUAUGUAGGAGUUCAGAAUAAAACAAUUAUAAGAUGCUGGAGUUAUGAAGCUGAAAAUAUAGAUAGGGAGAAACGUUGGAAGCUUACGGAGCCAGUGUUUUGUGUGUUGCCCAUUCCCAACUCAGAACCCGUUGUAGUCUUUCAAAAUGGAAACUGCAGUUUUCUCAAUGACAUCCUGUUAGCUGGAAAAGACUAUCAGACCAUUGGUCAGCUAUGUAGUGAAGAACAACUUUAUUGGGCUGAUGCUUGCUUCUCAGAAAACGUUAUUAUACUCUUACUUACUUGGAAUGAAAAAGUAAAUACUUGGGUUGUUUACUGGUUGCAACUAUCAAGUCAACACAGCACAGAGUUACUAGGAAAAACGACAUUUCAUAAGAAGGAUCACCAACUGUGUACUUGGUGUUUGUCUCUAGGAGCUGAUAUCCAACGUUUUCUAACACUGUGGUCAGAUGGAAUAAUUUAUAGUCUGGAGCCAAAAAAUGAUACACUUAAAAAACUUUUUCAAGUUUCUGAUUCCGAAAAAACCCAGUCUUUUAUGAUGACCAGUUUAAAUGACAGUUAUGUUGCUAUUGCUAUGAAAAAUCUGGAAAAUAUAACAGGAGAGUUUGUUAUAGAAAUUUGGGACAUAAAUUUUUGUUUUCAGCAUACUAGACUGUUUGUUUCAUACCCAAUGAGUUGUAAAGGACAGAUGACAUUUUUUAAUGGCAAUUUUUAUGUGCCAUGUGAGCAAGGCGUGGUUUCUGUUCCUUACCUCAAUCAGCCUGCUUCCUUAGCUCGAGCUGUGGGUCGGCUGCCCUCUCUUAGUACUUCAAGUUUUAGUUCUCAUUCUGAAAUGUUGCACUGGAAGAAAACAGGAGUGGUAUCAUUCCAGUAUAAGAAAGACCAACAAAAUGAUGACAUUUUAGAACAGUACUUUCACAGUGGAGGGAGGAGUGUUUCUCUGUUAUAUCAAGAUCUAUUUAAAAAGAUUUGUGAGAAAUUGGAUUUCGCAGCAUUGUCCAAGUUGCUGAAGCAAGUCUCUGACAUUCCAGAGAAAGUGUUAGUAGACAUCUUAAACUAUUUGCUCAGUGCUGGAGAAGAAGUGUUUGCUGGAGAAGAAAUUUUUGCUGGGAAUGAUGAGAAGAGUACAGACUGUCCACUAAAUGAUUCAAGAUCUUCUCUAAUAGAUUUAGUCCUCUGUUACCCUUACAAUGAGGCUUUCAUUUUACCAUAUCUCAAAGUACUGCAUCUCAAUCAGAUUAUGUUGUUGAUUCGGUAUCUUCAUUAUCUCUUGAAAGUUGCUCCAUACCUAGAGACGUCAGAUAGAAGUGAAGUCACUGUAACUAAGGCUGCAGCGUGGAUGGUAAUGAUUUUUACAGCCAAGUUUGAAGAGAUACUGGUUUGUAGUGAUGAGUCAUCAAAACAGUUAAUUAGAAGCUUGAUAGAUACCACAAAGGAACUGCAGAAAUCAUGUAAAGACACUUUGAUGAUGGGACUUAUCACAGCAUUGAAAAAAAGACUGGAAAUGCCAAAGGGAAAAAAGGCUUCCAGCCUUUACUGUAUAGAAGUUUUAUGUAUAUGAAUUGUCUGUCAUCUCUGUCUUGUUGUAUAUUCAUCAGUUUAAUAAAAAAUAUUUCAGUUUUUCAA